UGCGACGUCGAUCCCAGUGUCCCCGAUUCGUCGCGGCGGGUGUCCUGCGCAUGUGACGUCAUACCUGCGGUGGGGUUGAACGGCUUUAUAACGACGGCAAUUCGUGACCGCCCACCUUCCUUGAUCGCUGCACCGCUUUCCGUGGACAUAGCCAGUUCGUCUUUUAGUUCUCCCCGGCCACCGCGCCAACGCAUUACCAGCUUUUUUUGCUAUGGCGGCUGCCAGCGCGAGCGAAGAUUGCGGCGGAGGCGUCAAGGACCGUUUCACAGACCGCGUCAUGUCGGUCCCCAGCGUGAACUUCCUGUGCUUCGCGACCGCGGAGUGCUACAGCGCGCUGAAGAAGCGUUCCGCCCUGGCUGCGAUCGCUCUGGACACCGUCGAGAAGUGCGCCUCGCACGCCUACUCCUUUCUCGGAAAGCCCGUCGUGGAACAGCUCUCCGGGCCGCUCCAGGCCGCCGACGACCUCGCCUGCGAGGUCCUGCAGACGCUCGAGAACAACUACCCGGUGAUUAGCAAAAUGCCGCACGAGAUCAUCGGAGAAGCCCGCGACUUCGGAAAACGCAAGUACACCGAUGGACGCGACUACGCGCAGGAAAAGAUUGAUUACCUGCAGGACCUGUCGGGACUGGUCCUCGAUGCUGCGUGCAGGCCCGUGGACACUGCCACGUCCGUCGUGCGCUGCACUCGCGCCAAUUUUUGGCACCACGUGACCGUUGCCGAAUCCGCCUGCGACGCGUACAUCAAAACCAUGGAUGAAGACGGCGCGCUGGAGACCGAUCCCCGCGACUCCGCGCUGCCCCGCCUCCUCCACGCGAGCUGGGAGGCCUCGGUCUGCGUCUCUCGCUACGCGGCAGCAGAGCACCAGCGGGCCAAGGACUUCGUCGAAAGGACCUUCGCGGCAGCCGCGCGCUUCCUCGCAGAGCCCGCCGAGCCCCUUCGGCAGCCCACGACUGCGAGCGAGCAUGCCAGCGCUGCCUUUCGUCACGUGGUCAAGGUCUCGGUCCAGCUUGGGCAGGUGUACGUCGACGAAUUCGCGCUCAUCUACCGUACGGUGUGGAGCUGGCUCUCCGCACGGUUCACCCGCCAGGUAAUUAUUACUUCCGAGCGGACUUCUUCCAAGGUAUCAACAUUGGAAUACAGAAAUCCCGCACAUGACAGCGAUGCAGACGAUUCUCAAGAAAGCUCUACAAGUUACAGUGAUUCAGACUCUGAUGAUUCCUCCUAGAAACUCCGUUCUUGUGUUCAGUUUUGCAACCAAUAAAGUAUUUUUGAACGCG